UCUGCACAUGUCUCCUUACGUUCUGCCUGGUUUGCAAGCAUGGCGUGAAUGCGGGGUCCGAUGGCGGAGAUAUAUCCUGUCGAGUCAUCGGCCUUAUCUCGGCAUAGUAUUCCGCCGUCCCCUCUAGCUUUCUCUCCCCUCUUCCUCUUCAUAGACAAUUUUCCACCUCGUAAACGGAUUAAUUCCAAAUGAUGGACCCUUCUUUUCUCGUGCAAUCCCUCACUCCCUCGGCUGUCCAUGCCGCCUAUGCUCUUGUGAAGCCCUACGUGCACCGCACUCCCCUCCUCACCUGCCAAACCCUCAACACCAUCGCCUCGACACCGCAAUCCCCAGAGGCAUUGACCGGAACCCCCUUUGAGGGCCAAUCUCCUGCCAAUCCCAAAUUCAACUUCUUUUUCAAAUGUGAGAACUACCAGCGGAUAGGUGCCUUCAAGGCCCGGGGGGCCUUCCAUGCUCUGUUACGACUCAUCGCCGAGCGGGGUAAGGAGGAGGUGCAGAAACGGGGUGUCAUUACGCAUAGUUCUGGGAACCACGCCCAGGCUCUCGCUCUCGCUGCCUCCACGCUCGGUGUGCCCGCCUACAUUAUCAUGCCCGAGAUUAGCACGCCUUCCAAGAUCGCGGGGACACGCUCGCACGGCGCAGAGGUUAUCUUCAGCGGGUCGACGAGCGUAGAGCGCGAGGCCGUCGUGGAGGAGGUGCAAGGGAGGACUGGGGCCAUUCUGGUCCCGCCCUACGAUGACUUCAAUAUCAUCUGCGGUCAGGGCACCUCGGCCCUCGAACUCGAAGACCAGUACGGAGAGCUGCUGGCUGAGAAGCCCCAGCUGAGCAUCCACCAGGAAAGCAAGGCGCUGGAUGCAGUCAUCACCCCAAUCGGUGGAGGCGGGCUCAAUGCCGGUGUCGCGACCUUCUUCUCGGAUAAGACGACCAAGGUGUUCGGCGCGGAGCCCACUUUCGAGGGCGCGGACGAUUGUCGGCGCGGGUUGGACGCCGGGGAGCGUGUCCCGGCCGUGUCGACGCUGACAAUCGCGGAUGGGUUGCGGACGCCGGUCGGGUUGUUGAACUGGGAAGUGAUUUCGGACCGGAACAAGGUGGCCGGUGUGUUUGCCGUCACGGAGGAGCAGAUCAAGGCGGCACUGCGGCUGGUGCUGGAACGCAUGAAGGUGGUGGUAGAGCCAAGUGCCGUGGUUGGUUUGGCUGUUUGCCUGUACAAUGAGGAGUUUCGACGGCUGGUCGAAAAGGAGGCUCUUGAGGGUUGGGAUGUGGGCAUCGUGUUCAGCGGAGGAAAUACCACGGUUGAGGCCAUUGGGAAGUUGUUCAGCUAAGCAUCUCAGCUGAGGCUAUCGCUGUCUUCCUGCACAUGUACAUAGCUGAUGUAAAUCAACCAAUGUCGACCCCG